CAUACUUCCGGGAUGGGUGAAUACAUUUAACAUAAGCAUAUUUGCAUUUGUUUUGUAUAUGAAAUGAUAAAAAGGAAAGAAGGAAAGAAAGAAUAAAAGAAAGGAAAAUGAAAGUAAGAUGAAACAUUUAUAUGUUAUGAUUUACAUAAUGAAAUGAAUUAGUUUCAUUUAUAAAAGUUUUUGUUAUAUGCUACUUAUGAAAUUAAUUGAGUUAUGAAUUACUUGCUGAGUGAGGAAGCUCAUCAUACAUUUGAAAAUGUUUUUCAGGAGAAACUGUUAAGAAGUGAUGGCUGCACGACGACCGUACACGUACUGUCAUAGAGGACAUCAGGAAGAAAGUUAUGCAAUUGUUCGCGACAUGACUUCUGCUGGUCUUGGGUUGAACAAAUUUUGCUAUGCUGGACUUAUAACAGCUUUUAAAAACAAGCUGCCCACCACGGAAGAGACUACAUCAAAAAUCAUUGAGUUCGUUAAGCAGUCAAAGGGGUGGUCUUCCAUUGAGACUUCAAGUGAUGGUGGAGAAAAUGUGAUGAUGAACGUCUCAGAAGAAGAGCUAUACAACAUCCCAACUGCAGAAUAUGUGCAUAGAAGGGGUUUUUUGAAUAGGCAGCUAACAGUCUAUCAUGUUGCAUUGCAUGCCUGUGCUGAUUUGAAGAGUAAAGAGACGAUGGAAGCAAUUCUUAACAUGCUUACAGAAGAUGGAAUUGCUCAUGAUUUAUUUAUUGUCAUGCAAGCAAUUAGUCUUUGCGGGGAAAUUGAUUCUGCUGUGAAGAUGUUUGAGAAUUGCACAAGCUCAAGAGCACCUGCGGCUGAGUUGUAUGUGACUUUAAUAGAAGGGGCGAUGCUGGACCGUACGCCUGAAAGGAUGGAACUUGCUUUUGGUUAUCUUGAGAAAAUGAAUGCUAGAGGAUUCUUCUUGAACUCCAAGUUGGGGAGUGAGCUUCUCCUCGCAGCUGCAAGAGAUGAGGGUAAUUAUGUCAAUGCGAACUAUAUAUGGGAUAUGCUUCAAAGCCGCAAAGUUAAUGCAUCGUUUCCUGCAGUGGAAGCCUAUUAUAAAGGUCUAAAGGCUCGGCCAAUACCACCAGAUGACCCUCGGAUCCUGAAGGUUAGCCGCAUUUAUGAAGAUCUUUCCAUGAGAUUUGGAGGUAGAAGAAACUCAAAUUUCUAGUUUGAAGCGAGAUAUUCUUUUGGGGACAUUUUGAAGAUCUUUCCAUGAGACUUUCUGAAUUCAUUUUUAUGGUAAUAAGCUGUGAUAUCUGUAAUGUUUUAGCCUAUCUAGAGAAUCAGUUGUUGUAGUUUACUUUCUGGAAUCAAAUCUGAUUGAAGGAAAGGGUUUGUUUGGGAAUGCUGUGUAAAAUUUAUUUUUUUUAUUACAAAAAUAUUUUUGAAAUGAUAAAA